UCACCAGUUUCGUGAUAACAUUUGUUUAGACAUGACGUCCCAGGAUUUUAAACUGUACGAAAAUAUAUUUAUUGAGACAAAUCUCCAAUCAACCGAUUAUGAUGGGGUUAUAGUCAUUAUAUACCCCCAAGAAAUGAACAUUGGGCUACCGAGACACAUAUGCAGUUUCAUCGAUAAAAUAUCUCUACUAGAUAAACAUAUAAAUACCGUGCCAACUGUUUGGAACUGUGAUUAUGUCUCUGGGGGAAGAUUGGUUCUGUCUCCAACCGGGAAAAUAACACCCUACCAUGACGUCAAAGUUAUCAGGGAUGCAGCCAAGAAAGGGAUGGCGCGAGCUCUGGAUGCUGGAAUGAAGAAACCUUUACUAGUCGUGGAGAAUGUAGUCGAUUUCCCUGAUGGACAAUUGGUAUGCAUACUCGGAGCUCUUGAAGCGUUUUACGUUCCAUUGCAGAUACGAGAAAGACAGGAAUGUAGGAAUUUCAUCAGAAUCGGUUUGCACGCUGAGGAAAAGGAGACGGAGUCCUUUGAGAGGAUCGUUAGGAAUGCGAUAGCUUUGGAAAGAGCGAGGAUCUUCACAAGAGAUAUAGCUGGUGGUGAUCCGGAGAGGAUGGCGCCGGCGAGAAUUGUGGAAUACGUGAAGAAUUCGUUCGCUGAAGACAGUAAUAUUACAAUUAAUGUGAUUGAUGAUGAUGAAAUUAUCGCAAAGGAUUAUCCCCUCUUAGCAGCUGUCUCGAGAGCCGCUAAUCGCGUGGACCGGCACAAAGCGAGGAUCGUAGAAAUCGAAUAUAAAUCAUCUAACCCGAAUCGAGUUACAGAAACACUAAUGCUAGUCGGUAAAGGUGUGACGUACGACACCGGUGGCGCCGACAUUAAAAUAAGCGGUAAAAUGGCCGGUAUGUCCAGAGAUAAAUGCGGAGCAGCUGCUGUUGCUGGUUUCUUAAAAACGUGUUCGAUUUUAAAACCACCACAUUUAAAAGUGGUAGGUGUGAUGUGUCUUUGCAGAAAUUCCAUCGGUUCUGAUUCGUAUGUGUCAGAUGAGCUUAUCAUUUCCCGUGGGGGUAAAUCCGUGAGAGUGACAAACACGGAUGCUGAAGGUAGACUCGCAAUGGCCGAUUCAGUUUUCAAGCUGUCCGAAUUAGCUGGAAAAGAGCUGAACCCCCAUAUUUACACCAUUGCUACGUUAACAGGACACGCUAGAGCAUGUUAUGGCAAUUACAGCGCUGCAAUGGACAACCACAGCGCUAAAGCGACAAAUCAUUCGUCGAAAUUACAAUUCAGCGGUUCAAGAGUCGGUGAAGGAUUCGAAGUAUCAGUUGUUCGUUCGGAAGAUUUAGCCGUUAAUAUUGGCAAAUGUAAGGGCGAUGACCUCGUUCAAUACGAUACGGACGCCAAGUGCCGUAAUCAUCAGCUGGCUGCCGGUUUUCUUAUCAAAGUCGGCGGCUUAGAAGAUAAGAAUGUUAAAUUUACACAUUUAGACAUAGCUGGUGCAGCUGGAAUGCCUCCUGAGGAACCCACAGCUGUCCCCUUACUAUCUUUGUGUCAUUUGCAUAAAGUUCUUUUGUAAUUUCAAUGUAUUCUUAAUUCUUUGCUUUUCAUAAUAAUGGAAUAAUGUAAAUAAUAUAUUAGUUAUCUACAUACUAAACAUUUUUAAUUACUUCAAUGAUUAGAAAUUGUAUAACAUGUAUUAUUAGAACCAUUUGUAAGAACUAAUUUGACACAACGCAGAACGCUGCCUUCAUCUUAAAUGUCAAAAAGUAAUAUGCAAUAUUGAUUACAAUAAUUAUAGCAUUAAAAGUAUUCACGUAUCAAAAUAGCGUAUCAUUGUCGUCGGUUUUCAUUUCGCGAGUGAGAUACGAAGUGAGUAACAACAUCACUUCAUCGCCACUUCUACUAACAAAUUGUCACUUUAUCGUAAUCAAAUCGAAGCGUGAUUGCCGUUUUUCCGUUUUUAUAUUCUUUAAUUUAAUUAUCGACGAUUGGCACAAAAGUUAACAAUGACGUUUGAUUUUGACAUAACGGUAUAUGUUAACAUUUUAUCGGUUCGGUUCCGAUUCUUUUUUUUUUAUAGAAUAGGAAGGCGGACGAGCAUAUGGGCCACCUGAUGGUAAGUGGUCACCAAACGCCCUUAGACAUUGGCAUUGUAAGAAAUGUUAACCAUCGCUUACAUCACCAAUGCGCCACGAACCUUGGGAACUAAGAUGUUAUGUCCCUUGUGCCUGUAAUUACACUGGCUCACUCACCCUUCAAACCGGAACACAACAAUACCAAGUACUGCUGUUUUGCGGUAGAAUAUCUGAUGAGUGGGUGGUACCUACCCAGACGAGCUUGCACACCACACAAAGCUCUACCACCAGAUUCGAAUAAAUACAGAUGAUUCAAAUUUGGAUCGGAAUUGAAUCGAGAACGCAUCGUAUAAAUUUGUAGAAUUCGGCCCCUAGUUGCGCUGUUGAUUUUCCGCAAAAUGAGCGAGAAGCGUGCAUACAUAAAUUACAUUCAUAUCAUACAUACGAACUAAAUUUAUUGUAAUAAAAAUGUAUUUAAAGAUAACAAUAAACUA